AUGGCCACUCGAGCUGGCCUCUCCCUCCGCCGGAGCCUUCCCCGCGCGCGCGGGUUUAGCACUACCCGCGCAGCCUCCGCAGACGUCACUCACGCUGUAAUUGGCGGCGGUGUUGUCGGCCUCGCAGUCGCCCGGCAAUUAGCUUCGCGCCCAAAUACAUCGACCAUUCUCCUUGAGCGGCAUGAUGCGCCGGGGACGGAGACAAGCAGUCGCAAUUCAGAGGUAAUCCACGCAGGCCUGUACUACGGCACCGACACCCUCAAGACAACGCUCUGCAUCCGCGGCAAACAACUCCUCUACGCGCUCUGCGCAAAACACGGCAUCCCCCACCGCAACACCAAGAAAUGGGUCGUCGCGCAAAACGAAGAACAAUGGGCCGUCACGCUGAAAACGCACGAACUCGCUAAACAGCUCGGCGUCCCCACGCGCCUUCUCUCACAGUCUGAAGCGCGCGAACGAGAGCCCGAGGUCCGCGGGCGCGCGGGGAUCCUCGAGUCGUCCUCCACCGGUAUCGUCGACAGCCACGCGCUCAUGACAUACCUACAGGGCGACUUCGAGGAUAAAGGCGGCGACUGCGCGUUUUUGACAGAGGUAACGGGGAUAGAGGCGCUGGAUGGGGGACGGGGCGGGUACAGGAUCACGGCGCGCUCGGGGUCCGGCUCGGAAAGCGAGACGACGAGUAUCGUUGCCGAGACGGUGAUCAACAGCGCAGGGAACUACGCGUGCGCGGUGAACAACAUGCUUCUCCCGGCUGAGCGGCACAGGACACCGUUCUAUGCCAAGGGGACAUAUUUCUCGUAUGCUGCGUCGUUUCCGACGCGCGCGCCCUCUGUCCUUGUUUAUCCCGCUACGCUCCCUGGGACCGGGGGACUGGGUACACAUCUCACCCUCGAUAUGGGCGGGCAGAUCCGGUUCGGCCCAGACGUGGAAUGGGUGGAUGACCCGAACGACCUGAAGCCCUCGCCUGCACGCAUGGAGCUCGCGAUCCCUGAGAUCCAGGCGUACCUGCCGAAUGUUGAUCCGUCUGCCCUGACACUGAGUUACUGUGGGAUCCGGCCGAAGUUGGGAAAGGGGGGUUCGGUGAAUACGGGCAAGGGGUUCCAAGACUUCGUUAUCCAAGAGGAAGAGGGGUUUCCUGGGUUUGUGAACUUGCUUGGUAUUGAGAGCCCCGGGCUCACGAGUUGUUUGGCGAUUGGGGAGGUUGUUGACGGUAUUCUUUAUAGAUAG